UGUAUAAACGAUUUUAUAAUGUUAAAAAUGUUUUUAACAGAGCGUAGAAAAAGAAGCAGGUAUUCGGAUACUCGUAAUAGAAGAGAAGUUGUUGAAAAAAGAGAUCCAAAGAUGAAUGUGAUAAAAGAUUUAUGCGAAGCUGGAAAUAUUUCACAAGCUGCAGAAUGGGCAACAUGGAGUUUUAAUUAUGGAUCAGUGGAACCAGAAAAUGAUCAACCUAACAAUGAAACAGCUGAACUAGAACCAGAACCUGAGCCAGAAUCUGAACCUGAACCUGAACCUACACCGGAGGAAUCAGAAGAUAAUGACGUUGAACCUGAACCUGAACCACACGAUGAUGUUUCUCUGCAUCCUAUGGAUUGCACGGAUGUCAUAUUUGCCACAGCCAUUGGCAACAAGCACAAAGUAGUGGACUCGUACACAAGAGACAGGUCCACCCCGCAAUGUGAUUCUUGGUAUGGUGGAGGUCAUGACCUUACGGGGGCUUCAGCUAAGCGUGAAGAUGGGAUUCUUCAUGUCCGGUUUACAAGGAAACUUUCUAUAAAUGACCAAGCUGACCAUGAUCUUACAAACAACGACAUGCACCUUAUAUGGGCGCGGGGUCAAACACCUUACAUGUUCUUCCAUAAACCAUACAGUGGAUUAGAGAGUUGUAAAGCACAGGAUUAUGACUUUUACAAAUUAAAUGAAUUGAAAUAUCACGGAACAAAACCUUCACAGAGAGGAAAACAAAUCUUCAAUGUUUUUGAUGAUACAAAGUCUGCUGGUUCUGCACAAUUUCCCCCAGACUGCACGGAUGAGUGUGAUUAUAAGUUGGAUUGGAAAUAUAUUAAAAAAGACGAUUCCGUAAAAUUUACGAUUGAGGCAAAAGUGGAGGAAGGGGGGUGGGCGGCUGUGGGGUUUUCGGAAGAUACGAACAUGGCAAAUUCCGACGCCAUUGUUGGUUGGGUGGAGCCCUCUAGUGGAGAGUUAACGCUCACUGAUCGUUGGUUGAAUGAGGAAUCCGUGGAUGGGGUUGCUCUCGACAACGGACCAAGUAAUCUGGAAAAGAUCGAGGGUUCUUUUGUGGACGGAAGGAUUAAGUUCUCGUUUGUGAGAGCCAGGAACACAGAGGACAAAAAUGACCUACCACUGACUGAGUGUGUGUACUUGCUUUAUGCGUGGGGCGGGCGUAUAGAAGAUGGAGAUAUCACUAAACACAAACAUACACGAGUCAGUGAUGAGAAAAUAUGUAUAGGUUCAGGAUCUGAAAGACUUGAAGUUCCAAUUCCUCUGUUCAUUGUCUGUGUCUUCUUCCUUAUCACCGGAACUACGAUAUUUCAAUGAGAAA